AUGUCGUCAGGCAUCAUUGCCAUGUCGGAUACGAGAGGUAUGUUCAUUUCUCCUUUGUUCUUGCUAUUUAGAGUCAAAUGGAAGAGGUUUUUGCUAAGUUGGACAACCUACUACAAUAUAAAAAUUUGGUAAUUUCAGGUCUUCUCGCCAGCGGCACACAAAAUGGUGUGGUUGGGAUUGCAGUGACGGAUACCGCGCUUCCCGAGUCUUUCUCCGAGUCCGAUUUAUCCCGGCGUUAUAAUUACAAUCUCAGAGGGCAUCAUGCGAAAAUUCAACGGGUAGCCUGGAAUUCUACAAUGACAAAGUUGGGGUCAUGUGACGAGAACGGUGUAAUAUACGUCUGGGUUCCGAACGAAGAACGUUGGUCGGUGGAGUUGGUCAAUGAUCGAGGUCUAAAAGUUCGCGAUUUUGAUUGGAGUCCCAAUGGCGCGGCUGCUUUGAUACUUUAUGAGGACAAUUUUGUGUUGAUUGGUAUGUUUUUUGCUUGUUUACACAUUAUUCUUGCACCUUUAGGACGAAUUUCAAUAUUUUGUUCCAACAGAUUCGAACUUGAACUAAUCAAGCGCACCGUUGCUUAACUUGACAGAUCGGACGGGAUGACUCUCUCGUACGUUUGCAAAAAUUCUUGCCCUCGAAACGCACUCUGUUUCUUUUGCAAAAGUGCGAAAACGUCAUCCCGUCCGAUCUGGCGAGUUAAGCAACGGUGCUUGAUUGGCCCAAGUUCGAAUCCUCUGAUGGAAACUUAGGUUUAAAAGCUCGGCAAAGAUAAAUAAUGAUUUAAAAUGAGUAGUAAUCGAUUUAAAAAGUAAUUUAGAAUACAUUUUUUCUGCUUUAGGUUCCGCGAGUGGUCAGCGAAUCUGGUCGAACACAUUUUUAAACCAAGUCAAUUGCGGCACCUGGUCCCCCAACUCAAAGGAGCUGGUCUUGGGCCUGGAAACGGGUCAAAUCCAGGUUUUCAACGACCAAGGUACCAUCAUCACGGAGCGACAACUCCUCCAAGUGGGUGUCUUCAAACUCGCAUUUUCUCCAAUCCGAGAAGACGAAGAAGAACAUCAAAAAUGGACGCUGGCUGCGGUCUCAAUGGACGAUCAGAUCCUGUUCUUGAACACCCAGUAUGAGGUUGAGCUCUACGGAUGGAAAAGUCGAGAUCCAAUUCGAAGUAUUCAUUGGAGUUCGAGCGGAAAAAUGCUUUCUGUAGUCUGCAGUACCGGACGGUAAGGGCUGAAAUUUUUUUGGGUGUCAUUAUGCUGACUAACAAGUGGUUUUUAUUUUUUUUUUAUUAAAAUUUUUCCAAUUUUGAACGAAAAUUUGAACGCACAGUGCAGUUUUUUAAUUUUGAUUUUUCAUCGCACUGUGCAGAUUUUGAUUUUUGAAAAUUGCGGGUUAUAGGAAGAAUGGCUCUUGGAUUCUUUGCAUACCAAAAUUUUGGACGAUUUUCACCCGGACUGUCCAUUUUUUUCCACAUUUUUUGAAAUGCACAGUGCGAAAAAUAAUGUAAGCCGUUUUUCACUGUGCAGUCAAAAAAACUGGGAAAUUUGGGUUUGGAAUUGAUGAUUUUGACGAAUUUUAAUGUCCAAAUUGAAUUGAGUUGUUAUUUUUGCGUAUCUAGACCUUUAAAUUUCUGAAAAUUUCCAUUGCACUGUGCAGCUUUGUUGUUUUUUGAAAAUCGCACUGUGCGGUCGGAAUAAUUGAAAUAUUUAUUUAGAAAUAUGAACAUACGAUACAAGUAGAUGUUUGAUAUUGCUUGUAAUGAAACUACUGGUCGGUAAAAAUAUAUAUUUUCAAAAACUUCCAACGCACAGUGCAGAUUCGAAAUUUUUUUGUGGACCGCACUGUGCGAUCGAAAUUUGUUGAAAAUUUUUGAUAGAAAAUUAUGAAAUGUUUAUGAAUUUAAUGGGUUUAUCUUUUUAGAAUUGUCAUCCUCAACCAGCAAGGCCGUCCAAUUCACAGUUUCCUGCCCCCAAUCAUGUUCGAUGACGAGCCGACGGUGUUCACUUGGGCCCACAAAGACGAGAUGGUCAUAAUUGCGGCAGGCUCAACGUUGGCGGUGGGCCGCGUCUCCCACGGCGUCCCACCUCUCACCGAACUCGUCUCAUAUCAGUUGUGGCUGGGCGCCGGACGAACCGGCCGUUUCGCGAACCGUCUGAAACUCCCACAACGCCCGACCAGCAUCAUCAAGCAGUUCGACCGGCAUGUGAUCCGCUGCCGCGUCCCCUCCUACGAUAAAAUGUGCCGUUUUGUGUGCGAACCCACGUUUUGGCGCUGGUACUGCACGAUCAUGCCGAUCCCAAGGAAAAGUUAUCAGUAUAUGUUGUGCGUCGAACAUCUGGGCGGAAUGAUCCCGGUACUCAUCGGAAGACAGAUUAAUCGAGUCAUCCCACAAUUUCUGAUCAGUUUACCCCCAUCGACGGCUUAUACGACCCCCGGAUAUAGCUAUGGACCAUGGGCGAUCAAAGACCACUCGGUCGGACCGAGGUGGUCCUAUGCCGCCGAUUGCAAUGUAAAUUUACCGAUGCCCAAUUACUCUUUCACCCAUGACUUGGAACCAAUGCCUCCGAGUGGAAUUGAAGACCCCAGUGAGACGUCCGGCUACGCACAAACGAUAGGUAAGGAAGAGAAAUAGAGAAAAUGAAAUUUUUUGGGAUUUGCACUAUGCGGAGGAAAAAUUUUUGCUUUUAUGUAUGGUACUACGGAGGUUUUGGAGGAAAUAGUGGUUUUUUGAGAAGCUGAGGUUGUGGUUUUGCUAUAGAAUAAGAAAAUUCGUUGGAAUUUUGAUGUAAGGAGCAGUUGGGACCUUAUUUUGGGACUUGCACUGUGCGGAGGAAAAAUUUUGGAUUUUCUGCACUGUGCAACGGAGAUUUUGGAGGCAAUAGUGGUUUUUAUGAUAAGCUGAGGUUAUGGUUUUGUUAUAGAAUAAGAAAAUUUUUUGGAAUUUUUGCUUACGGUGCAGCUGGGACCUUAUUUUAGUCAUGCACUGUGCGGAGGAAAAAAAUUUAAUUUUCUGCACGGUGCAAUAAGUUUUUUGAACUCAAAAUGGAACACUUGGAUAAUCAGAGCCUCUUUUGUCGAUUGAAUAGUAAAAUUCACCAAAAAUUUGGUGUAUCGGGGAUCCAGGAUGUUGUUUUAGUUUCUCACUGUGCAGAUUUGAAAUUUUCGGGGUUUUUGCACCGUGCAGGGGGUAAAAUGAAAUGGUUUGGGUUUAGAUUUUCUAGUAGUAUAUUAAUAGUUUUGGUUUCACCAUUUUUUGCUUUUUUUGCUCGUUUGUUUGACGCACAGUGCGAUUUUUAAAAAUUUUGAUUGCACUGUGCGAAUUUUUUGAAAUCUCUAUUUUAAUUCUCGAAUUUUAGCCAAACGAAAACUCCAAGAAGACAUCCUCCUGGCCCAUCAACCCGAACCCCGCAAUUCCGUCUGGCGUCGCAGCAAACGACGGAUCAAGAAGUUCAUGUCCAAAAGAUUGGCCAAUCCGAUUGUAAAGUCGAAUCGAGUACUGUGCCACGUCUCCUCGAAUGUCUGGUGCACAAGAUUUAAAAUCACCUCACCGGGAAUCAGAGACCUACCCCCAACGUUGGCCCAUGUCGUCUACAAAACGUCCGUUUUACACCUCCAGCCAAGACAAAUGGGCAUCGCACUGUGCGAUCUGCGACCUCUGACCAAAACACUUCCCUUACCGGUGAACCAAAAUUUGGUGGCUGAACGAAGCGGCUUGAGGAAUUUCAGGUCCGCGGACUCGAGUCCGGCGAUUUUUCGGUGAGAAUUUGGUUUUUUGCCGGGUUUUAGGGAAAUUUUUGAAGUUUUUUGAAAAAAAGCUAGCUUUUUUAUAUAUGGGGAAGACAGAAUAAGGUGCAAGGGAUUAUUGGUGAUCUUUUGGUAACUAAUUUUUAAUGUUGUGUAGCGAAAAAAAUAAUUUGUUUAUGGUGGGAUUCGAACCUGGGCCACUCAGCACCGUUGCUUAACUUGCCAGAUCGGACGGGAUAGCACACUCGAACUUUGACAAAUUAAAUAGGGCGGGUUUGGAGAGAGAGCGCUUUUUACAAGGAAAGUACUUUUAUGGGGGCUCCUACUUUUUGACGGGACAUAUCUCAAAAAAUCAGAAAAAAUGUGCUGAUCAAGGAUAUAUAAAUCUUAGCUGCCCAUUUUAGGUUUUUAGGGGUGAAAACUCAGUCGGAUGUUGACUUAAAGUCCUAUAUGAACCCCUUUUCGCUUAAUUUUUUCAAAGGUUUACAAUUUUUAUUUUGGCUUAAAAUGGUGUUUAUUGAGUUUCUAAGACGUAAUAAGACAGUCUUGGCCCAAAAAUUUAUUUUUCCGACCUUCAACUUCAAAAAAGUUGAUUCAGCCCAAAAGGGAAAUCGAACCUGUGCGGCGUCCCCCCUCUUGAUUCCCAGACUACGGCACUAACCACUCGGCCACACCGCUCUCUUCCGAUGGAAGAGAUCGAGUGCUCUUUUUAUCGUUUCGAAUGUCUGCCUUUUGUAGGGAAAUUAAACCAGUUUUUGGGCAUUUUCACCCUUAAAAACCUAAAAUGGGCAGCUAAGAUUUAUAUAUCCUUGAUCAGCACAUUUUUUCUGAUUUUUUGAGAUAUGUCCCGUCAAAAAGUAGGAGCCCCCAUAAAAGUACUUUCCUUGUUAGAAAAGUCCGAGUGCGCGGUCCCGUCCGAUCUGGCAAGUGAAGCAACCGUGCCGCUAAUUAGUCCAAGUUCGAAUCCAGCUGUCUGAAAUUGGUCGAAAAUUAAUCAAACAAAUAUUUUAGACCCGUGGACCGCCCUCGAACAGCCCGUGGCCCAAGAACCCUGCAGCAAGUCAACGCUGACAUCAAUGACGACCAAAACAAUAACAAUAAUCGACCGGUCGCCCCAAUCCGCCCAACAUUAAUCGAUCCGAUCCUCCGGUUUGAGCAGCAACAACAACAACUCCAGCCAAUUCCACCUCAUCAACGGCAGUUUAUGACGUACGCGGAAACGAGAGCUAGACUUCGCGAAAGAAGACCCAUUCAAAGGGUACCAGUCGCUCAAAUCCAACAACCGGACCCAGUCCAAAAUCAUCAGACCAGAAGGAGGAGUAGAGCCAGAACCCUGAGGAAUCACUUGCUCAGGCGGACGGACCAACAACAGGAUCAGCAGAGCCUGUUGCAGCACGCGCAUUUGGAUAAUAUCCAAGAAGCGGAGCUGAUUGGCCCCAGAAUUGAAGAAGAACGGAGAGCAGAGGAGGCCGAAGAAGGUAAGAGAUUAUUUUUAUGUAAUUUGAUGCAGUUUGAGGCCAUUAGAAAUGAUUUUUUGGAAAAUUUGUGCCAGUGGGAUUCGAACCUGAAAGAACCACGCACGUUGCUUAACUUGCCAGAUCGGACGGGAUAACGCACUCCCAGUUUCACAAAAGAAUCAAUGGCUGUUUUAUGGAGAGAGUUCUUUUUGGAAAAGUCCGAGUGCGCGGUCCCGUCCGAUCUAACAAGUUAAGCAACAAUGCGGGGUUAAUUAAAGUUCGAAUCCACCUGAAAGAAAAUGUUGUAAAAUAGUAGAGAGGAAUGUAAAAUACGUCCUGCCGAUUUUUUGGGUAUUUAGAUUAGGAAUUUUAAGGUCGGAUAUGGAGAUUUUUUGAAGUUUUGAGCCGAAUUUUUGUGAAAUUGGUAUAAUUUUUGGUCUUUUUCAGCUCGACCUGCUUCCCCAGCCGCUCCAGCGGACGAGGAACUCUUCGAAGAAGAGCGGAGACUGUACAGCAACGUAUUAUUAGAGUACGAAAGCCUGCGAACAGCGGUCGACGAACAUAUCACAAAUAUGCGCCGAAUCGCGGCCGAGUUAACCCAAACCAAGCCGAAGUUGGCCAAGCGAAAACCGGAGAAAACGAAAAAAUCGGCGCCGAAGCGAAAGGAGAAGUCGAAAAAAUCGAAUGACCAAACCGACCAGUCGGUCCAAACCGAACAACCCCGGCUUUCCUGGCAACACAAACUGGAUUCCCUCGAUUUCAUCGACGAAGAGAGCAAGGAGGAGUCGACGUCCGAGGAACGGACCCAUUUGCUCCCGCCCGACACACCUCCCCCACCACCACCCGACUUCCGACCCAGCACCUCGGAAUCCACAACCUCGGCCGACAGCCGAACCAAAAAUGAUAUAAUCCACACUCUGAACCGCCUAGCGGACUUGAGGCUGAAGGGAGGAAGGAAAGAACCCGAAACGGUAGGUUUGGUUAUAUUGUACUAGGUGAAAAAGUGAUUUUUUUGGGAAGUUUGAUGGAAGUAGAGGAGGAAUUGAGUGUUUUGAGAAAGAAUAGGGCAUUUUAUGUGGUUUAGAAUUAAGGAGGUCGGUUUUGGAGGAAAAAAUUAUAUUACUUUAGGUAAAAAUUUGAGAUUUUUUGGAAAUUUUAGGGGAAAUAGAAAUGAAAUUGGAUGUUUUGAGACAGAAUAGGGUAUUUUAUGUGGUUGAGAGGUGAAGGAGGUGGUUUUGGAGGAAAAAAUUGUAUUAGUUUAGGUAAAAAUUUGAGAUUUUUUGGAAAUUUUGGGGGAAAUUGAAGAACAUUUUGGUGGAAUCUAGUGUUUUUAGAAAGAAUAGGGCAGAAAAAGUGUAUUAAAGGCAAGAUAGCGAAAGUUGAAAGCAAAAAUUAUAUUACUUUAGAUAAAAAAAAUAAAUUUUUUUUAUGAUUUCAGUGUGGAAGAGGCUGUUUUUUGUGACUAAAUGAAGGAUAUUAGUGUCAGAUAAAGAGGUAGAAUUGAUUCAUUCAUAUUGGUAUUUAAAAUACACUCUUUCUUACCUAAAAUUUACUAAAAUCCCCGAAUUUUCAGCCCGAAGACCGAAAUCGUCUGUUAGAAGACGAAGCCGACAACGACGUUCCCCGUUCGCCGUCGGUGGACGACAUGCGCGCCCAGCUGCGCGACAUUGCCGGCCAAUUGGGCCAGCUGGAGGAAGCGAUCCGCACCAAUUCGAUGCUCUCCGACCUCCAUCAACGCGUCCAGAACCUGAAGUCAACUUUGGGCGACACACCACACGCCGUCGACGUCCUCGACACGAAACGCCGCAAAAACAUCGACGAGGACGUGCUGGAGGUCCAAAGCGAACGCGCCGACUCACCCCAGUCCACCCAACAACAGUACGGAGUGAUCCGUGUCGCCAACAAAACACCCUUCUGGAAUGAAGAAAGUCAGGUGUAUCAGGUGAGAAAUUAAAGGAUUUUUUUGAGAAAAAAUGUUUUUGGAGACGUAUGGAGCUUGGGGAGGUAGGGAAAGUGGAAUUGUAUAGGAAUUUUAAGUUUGCAAGUUUUCGUGGUGGGACCCAGUGGACUUGUUUAUGGGAUUUGAUGGCUUUAGAUUCAUGGAAAUGGUGUGAAGAGAGGCUUUAUGGGGUGAAGAAUACCGAAUAAGUGGAAUUUUACCGAAAUUUUGAGUUUGCAAGUUUUCGUGGUGGGACCAAUGGACUAGUUUAUGAAAGUUGAGGGCCUUAAAUUUGUGGAAAUUAAUCUUUAGAGAGGUUUUUAUGGGGUGAAAAAAUAAAUUAUAAGUGGAAUUUUACCGAAAUUUUGGGUUUGCAAGUUUUCGUGGUGGGACCCAAUCGACUAUUUUUUAUGGGAUUUGAUGGCUUUAGAUUUGUGGAAAUGGUGUUUAGAGAGGCUUUAUGUGGUGAAGAAUACAUAAUAAGUGAAAUUUUCCAGGAAUUUUGGGGUUGGAUGUUUUCGUGGUGGGACCCAAAAUUUAUAUUCAAUUCAGUAAAUUGAAUAAAAAUUGACGGAGAAUAGCCGAAAUAGAAUGCAAAUUACCGUGAAAAGUUAAUAGAAAUAAUUUUCCAUCGAAAUUUUGAGACGAGAAGUUUUCUUGGUGGGACCCAGAAAAAUUUUAGAAAUUGACAAAUGAGGAAAAAAUUUGAGUUUCAUAUUUUUACACAAGGAUAUGGAGUAUUUUACAUAUGAUUCGCGUAUUUACCAACAGUUUUUUAAUCCGUAUUUUACAAAAAAAAAUUUUUUUUUUUUUUUUUUUUGAUUUUUUAAUUUUUACCCCACCGUAUUUUAGCUCGACUUUGGCGGCCGCGUCACCCAGGAAUCGGCGAAGAACUUCCAAAUCGAACACGAAAGCGAGCAAGUCAUGCAGUUCGGGCGAAUCGAAAACGGCGCCUACACCCUCGACUUCUGCACCCCCCUCUCGGCCGUCCAGGCGUUCGGAAUCGCACUGGCAUCGAUCACUCAACGCCUCAAAUAA